GUGAAAGUGCAUUUAGCAGCCUUCCUGUCUCUCUGCACCAGUCUCAAACUGACCCUCAACAGAGCACACGACAAACCUGGGCUUUAAUUUGAAAAUUUCAAAAUGCGUGCACUCAGAGUCUUCUCCAUGGUUUUGGGGAACACCAUGAACUCCCACAAGCUCUUUAUGGAUCGUCUCAGUUCCAAAAUGAAGCUACAUGAAGCGUACUCAGAGAGUGAUUGUGAUGUCAUCAUUGUGUUUGUACCGAUUGUGUCUCGAGCUGGAACGGACAUUCAAGCUGCUCUUGAAAAACUUCACAGACAUUCAUACAAGAACAUCAUUCUGGUGUCUCUCCACCACACAUUUGAUCCUCAUUACAUCGCUCCAGACAGCAGACACUCUGUUCACAGGAGUGACGUGUUUGCUGUGGACUGUCUUUAUCAUGAAGACCAGGGACUGCUGACCUCCCGAUGCAAUGAUGAGGCACUGAAAAGAGUAAUAAAGCAUCUAGGAGGAGAAAAAUCAUCAAAUCAAGUCUCUGAACCGAGCUGGUUGAGUGGUGUGGACAACACCGAACUGAUUUCUUGGAUAUUCACUGUGUUGAGCAUCUUCCUUGUUUAUUUAGUUCUGCCAGAAGGGUACAGCUUCUUCACCUUAUUAAUUUUCGAGAUAUUUCUGCUGAUUAUCAUGGCUGUCACCCUGAAUUACUACAACCUUAUCAAGAGGACCCUUUGGAUUUUUAUUAGUAUAAACAUUUUGUUUUUCAUUCUCAUACUUGUCAUUCAGAGCCUCAAGACUGAGAAGCAAGAUUUGCAGAAGGCAGAGGUGGAGGCUCAUAACGUUCCAUACACUGAUCGUGUAACUCGGCUGAGAUCUGACUUCAAAAUGACCCAAGUCUUUCCAGCAAUUAUCAGAUUUUUUGUCAUGGUCCUUGGAAACACCGUGGAUUCCCACAAGACUUUUCUGAAUCAUCUGACAAUUUCACGAAAAUUUCGAGAAGUGAAUACGCUGAAUGACAGUGAUGUCAUCAUUGCUUUUGUCCCAAUUGUGUCUCGAGCUGGUACUGACAUUUCAGCUGCAAUAGAGAAGAUUCCUGAGGGUAAACCUGUCGUUCUCGUGGUGCUCCACCACACAUUUGAUCCAGACUACAUCGCUCCAGACAGCAGACUCUGUGUAAACAAGGAAAAAGUGUUUGCUGUAGAUUGUCUCUAUCAUGAAGAUCAAGGGCUGCUGAGAUGCCUGCGCAAUGACGAUGCAAUCAGAGCCGUGAAGAAGCACCUGACAGUCGAGGACCACAGUGGGGAUGUCUUCAGAGGUGGUGACUGUGUUGCGUGCAUACCCUGUACGCGAGAUGCAGAAACUGGGUGCCAAUCUAUGAAAGCAAAGCGUCCUAUGUGGAUAUGGAUUGUUGCAAUUUUCACUGUGAUCAUCAUCUUUGCGAUUAUACUUGGGGUUUCGUUUCGCUGAAGCCACUGUACUUGCCAUACUCUUAAUUUAACUAAGUUCACUUAAUUAAUGCUUUAAUUCACGGUUUAGAAAUGUAGUACAAAGCUUGUGUUAGAGGUAUAUCUAUAAUAUAAUGAUUAUGAAGUACUUUGGAUAAAUAGUUUAUCACUGCAUGUGCUUUAGACUGUUGGCUUUGUAGCGUUUAGUAUAAAAAUAUCUGUGUAUAUGUUAUUUUAUGACAGACCAUAGUAACAGAUUAGUUUAAUUAUCUCUCUCCCUUUAACGUUUUUGCCAUUUGUUGCUUUCUGACAUACAGAUUUGAAAUAGAAAACAAAAUUACAUUUACGGAAUUCGACUUGCAUAUUUGAUUUAUUUAUGUUUAUGUUAUGUUAGGUGACAAAGUGCACAUUACUCCAGCAGACUUGUACUGCUUUUUGCUCAUUUUUAACUUGUUGGUUACGAUAUGCAACACAGUAUAGGCUAGUUUUUGUUUUGUCUUGUUUUGUGCAGUAUAUAGUAUAAUGGUGUUUUUUGCAAAUAAAAAUAAA